AAGUGUCCGGACUGGAAGGGGGUGAAAGUGUCCGGACUGGAAGGGGGUGAAAGUGUUUGGACUGCAAGGGGGGAAAGUGUCCGGACUGGAAGGGGGGGGGGGGAAAGUGUCCGGACUGGAAGGGGGGGAAAGUGUCCGGACUGGAAGGGGGGAAAGUGUCCGGACUGGAAGGGGGGGAAAGUGUCCGGACUGGAAGGGGGUGAAAGUGUCCGGACUGGAAGGGGGGUGAAAGUGUCCGGACUGGAAGGGGGGUGAAAGUGUCCGGACAGGAAGGGGGGGGAAGCGUCCGGACUGGAAGGGGGGGAAAGUGUCUGGACAGGAAGGGGGGGAAAGUGUCUGGACA